UCAAUCUGAAGUCCCAAAGAGUUAUGAGCACUCCUCGCUGCCAAUGGGAAGGGGAUUACAAGCAAAAGCUCCACAUCUGCACGCCCUAGAGUUCAAACUCUCCAGCUGUGGCAAGGUCUUGCGAGCGACAGCCAAAGAUGUUUGUCUUGCUCUAUGUUACAAGUUUCGCCCUUUGUGCAAGUGGACAACCUCGAGGACAUCAGUUCAAAGGAGAGAGCUAUGCCCCGAGAUACAUCUGCAGCAUUCCGGGCUUACCCGGACCUCCGGGCCCCCCAGGAGCAAACGGUUCUCCUGGGCACCACGGCCGCAUCGGCCUUCCAGGCAGAGAUGGUCGGGACGGCAGGAAAGGAGAAAAGGGAGAAAAGGGAUCUGCAGGUUUGAGAGGUAAGACUGGACCACUGGGUCUUGCUGGUGAGAAAGGAGACCAAGGAGAGACUGGGAAGAAAGGACCCAUGGGACCAGAGGGAGAGAAGGGAGAAGUGGGUCCAGCUGGGCCUCCUGGACCAAAGGGAGACCGAGGAGAUCAAGGGGACCCAGGGCUGCCUGGAGUUUGCAGAUGCGGAAGCAUCGUGCUCAAAUCUGCCUUUUCUGUUGGCAUCACAACCAGCUACCCAGAAGAAAGGCUACCUAUUAUAUUUAACAAGGUCCUCUUCAAUGAGGGGGAGCACUACAAUCCUGCAACAGGGAAGUUCAUCUGUGCUUUCCCAGGGAUCUAUUACUUUUCUUAUGAUAUCACAUUGGCUAACAAGCACCUGGCAAUCGGACUGGUACACAAUGGACAGUACCGGAUAAGGACCUUCGAUGCCAACACAGGGAACCAUGAUGUGGCUUCAGGGUCCACGGUCAUCUAUCUGCAGCCAGAAGAUGAAGUCUGGCUGGAGAUCUUCUUCACUGACCAGAACGGCCUCUUCUCAGACCCAGGCUGGGCAGACAGCUUAUUCUCCGGAUUUCUGCUGUAUGUUGACACAGAUUACCUGGAUUCCAUUUCAGAAGAUGAUGAACUGUGAUCAGGACACGGAUCUGAAUGUUCCAAGCUCACUCUAGCACAUCUUUUCAUUUAAUCUGGGAUUCUAGAAGGCAGAGAAACCAGGAAUGGGAUCAAACAGACUCCCACUCAGAUUCCAGAGCAUUUACAGACAGUUCCGGAAGAAUCUAUUAAAACAAGAUGAACCAC